GGGGAGAUGCGCCUGGAGUAUCAAGAGAAGCAGAAGAGAGAAGCGACUGAGCUAGACAGCGACGAGAGCGAGUACGACGAGAUCCAGGUGGUGUUCGACAGCUUCAAUCCGAAGGAAGAAGACUUCCAUGGAAUGAAGCUCUUCCUCCUCAACUUCCUUGACGGGGCUGAGUACAACUCAUCCGAACUCUGCGACCUUGUCCUCGAGCAAUCAGGGACAGUGGGAACAGUGGUGAAAGUGAAGGAUGAAGAAGAAGUUUAUGGUCUCAUGUCGGUGAUUAGCAUGAAAGCAAACAGAGACAAGGAAUGCCUGAAACAGAUUCGCGAUUUUAUCCUCUCAAAGAGCUCCAAGCAAGCAAGUGCUUCGAUUCAGUCAAUCUUUGACAGCACAAACACCAACGUGGGGCUGAUUGUCAGUGAGAGAAUGAUCAACAUGCCUCAAGACAUGGCUGUCCCUUUGAUCAAUAGCCUGUUCGAUGAGAUCGAAGGUGCCAAGAAGGCCAAGGUGAUUUUCUGA